UCGGCGCCAUCUUGGGUGUCGCAGUUUGACUAUCUGUCAGUGUCAGUGUAGCUUUGUAAUUAGUCAUUCUGCGAAAAAUCCAGAGAAAAUUCAGAAAAAGACUGAAAAGUGUUUUAAGUUUAGUUUCGUGCUUGCUGUUGUAAAAGUUUCGGCAGCAUGACGCAACAAUUACUACCGAUAAAGUUCCAGGAGCAUUUGCAGCUCACCAAUGUCGGUAUUAAUGUGGCGAACAUCUCCUUCGCCACACUCACCAUGGAAAGCGACAAGUUCAUCUGUGUUCGCGAAAAGGUCGGAGACACUUCUCAAGUGGUCAUCAUUGAUAUGGGCGACACUGCUAACCCCAUCAGACGCCCCAUCACCGCCGAGAGCGCCAUCAUGAACCCCGCUUCCAAAGUCAUUGCACUCAAAGGCAAAGCGGGAGUGGAAGCCCAAAAAACCUUGCAGAUUUUCAACAUUGAAAUGAAGUCCAAAAUGAAAGCACACACCAUGUCGGAAGACGUCAUCUUUUGGAAGUGGAUCUCAUUAAACACCUUGGCUUUGGUCACGGAAACCUCGGUGUAUCAUUGGUCCAUGGAGGGCGACUCCACACCAGUGAAGAUGUUUGAUCGUCACUCGUCCCUGAACGGCUGUCAAAUCAUCAACUAUCGCACCGACCCCAAACAAAACUGGCUGCUAUUGGUGGGAAUCAGCGCCCAACAGUCACGUGUUGUGGGGGCUAUGCAACUCUAUUCAGUCGAGCGUAAAUGUUCACAACCAAUCGAAGGUCAUGCAGCAUCAUUUGCAACAUUUAAACUGGAGGGUAAUCCAGAACCAUCGACACUUUUCUGUUUCGCUGUAAGAACAGUCCAAGGUGGCAAACUUCACAUCAUUGAGGUGGGGCAAAGUCCAGCCGGUAACCAACCAUUCCCCAAGAAAACCGUCGAUGUGUUUUUCCCACCUGAGGCCCAAAACGACUUCCCAGUCGCCAUGCAAGUGUCAGCAAAAUACGAUGUCAUUUACUUAAUUACCAAAUACGGCUAUAUUCAUAUGUAUGACAUUGAAAGCGCCAUCUGUAUCUACAUGAAUCGUAUCUCAAGUGAGACAAUUUUCGUAACAGCUCCUCAUGAAGCUACUGGUGGUAUUAUUGGGGUUAAUCGUCGUGGUCAAGUGUUGUCUGUUUCUGUCGAUGAAGACAGUAUUAUUCGAUAUGUGAAUCAAGUAUUGCAUAAUCCUGAUUUGGCGUUGCGUAUUGCAACGAGAAAUAAUCUCGCAGGAGCUGAGGAAUUGUUUGUAAACAAGUUUCAAUUGUUGUUCACUAAUGGACAGUAUGCUGAAGCGGCUAAAGUAGCUGCCAAUGCUCCGAAAGGUAUACUAAGAACACCAGCUACGAUUCAAAUGUUUCAACAAGUGCCCACACAACCGGGACAGAAUAGUCCCUUGUUGCAGUAUUUCGGGAUUUUGCUGGAUCAGGGGCAGCUCAACAGAUACGAAUCGUUGGAACUGUGCAAACCAGUCCUGUUGCAAGGCCGUAAACAGCUCUUGGAAAAAUGGCUAAAAGAAGACAAACUCGAGUGUUCGGAAGAAUUGGGCGAUUUAGUGAAACAAGCCGACUCAACUCUCGCCCUAUCGGUUUACCUCCGUGCUAAUGUACCAGCCAAAGUGAUUCAAAGUUUUGCCGAAACUGGUCAAUUCCAAAAAAUCGUUCUCUAUGCAAAGAAAGUCAACUACACACCUGAUUACAUUUAUUUGCUUCGUUCCGUAAUGCGAACAAAUCCCGAUCAAGGAGCCGCUUUCGCAAGCAUGCUUGUUGCUGAUGAAGAACCUCUUGCUGAUAUCAAUCAAAUCGUUGAUAUUUUCAUGGAACAAAACAUGGUGCAGCAAUGUACAGCUUUCCUCCUUGAUGCAUUGAAACACAAUAGACCGACCGAAGGUCAUCUCCAAACGAGACUCCUCGAAAUGAACUUAAUGUCAGCGCCUCAAGUGGCCGAUGCUAUUUUGGGGAAUAACAUGUUUACGCAUUAUGAUAGGGCUCAUAUUGCACAGCUUUGCGAGAAAGCUGGACUUUUGCAACGAGCACUCGAACACUAUACUGAUUUGUAUGACAUCAAGCGUGCUGUAGUACACACCCAUCUUCUACCCAUGGAUUGGUUGGUGAAUUUCUUUGGGACUUUGAGUGUUGAAGAUAGUUUAGAGUGUCUCAAAGCCAUGCUGACAGCUAAUAUACGACAAAACCUUCAGAUUUGUGUCCAAAUCGCGACGAAAUAUCACGAACAACUUACAACGAAAGCGUUGAUUGAUUUGUUUGAGAGUUUCAAGAGUUAUGAAGGUCUUUUCUAUUUUCUUGGUUCCAUUGUGAAUUUCUCGCAAGAUCCAGAUGUCCAUUUCAAGUAUAUUCAAGCGGCGUGUAAGACUGGACAAAUUAAGGAAGUGGAGAGGAUUUGUCGCGAGUCGAAUUGUUAUAAUCCUGAAAGUGUCAAGAAUUUCCUGAAAGAAGCCAAAUUGACCGAUCAAUUGCCCUUGAUUAUUGUGUGCGAUAGAUUCGAUUUUGUGCACGAUUUGGUCUUGUAUCUCUAUAGGAAUUCUCUGCAAAAGUACAUCGAGAUCUAUGUACAAAAGGUGAAUCCCAGUCGUCUCCCCGUCGUGGUGGGCGGCCUCCUCGACGUCGACUGUGCCGAAGACAUCAUCAAAAACCUAAUCCUCGUCGUGCGUGGUCAAUUCUCCACCGAUGAACUCGUCGAAGAAGUGGAAAAACGCAACCGUUUGAAACUCCUUCUACCCUGGCUGGAAAGUCGUGUUCAUGAAGGUUGUGUCGAACCAGCCACUCACAACGCCUUAGCCAAAAUCUACAUCGAUUCAAACAACAACGCUGAACGUUUCCUCAAAGAGAACCAAUGGUACGAUUCACGCGUUGUUGGUCGCUACUGCGAGAAACGCGACCCCCAUCUUGCUUGCGUCGCCUAUGAACGUGGUCAAUGCGAUCGCGAAUUAAUCGCAGUCUGUAACGAAAAUUCGCUAUUCAAAUCCGAAGCUCGUUAUUUAGUGAGACGAAGAGAUCCUGAAUUAUGGGCCGAAGUCUUACAAGAAAGUAACCCUUAUCGAAGACAGUUGAUUGAUCAAGUGGUCCAAACAGCGCUGAGUGAAACACAAGACCCUGAGGAUAUUUCAGUCACUGUUAAAGCCUUCAUGACGGCUGACCUCCCCAAUGAAUUGAUUGAAUUGCUUGAAAAAAUCGUCUUGGAUAGUUCGGUCUUUUCCGAUCAUCGAAAUUUGCAAAAUCUCUUGAUUUUGACUGCGAUUAAAGCUGAUGCAACCCGUGUCAUGGAUUAUAUCAAUCGUUUGGACAACUACGAUGCUCCUGAUAUUGCCAAUAUCGCGAUUAAUAAUCAUCUCUAUGAGGAGGCUUUUGCUAUUUUCAAAAAAUUCGAUGUUAAUACUUCCGCUAUUCAAGUUUUAAUCGAACAAGUAAAUAAUUUGGAUCGUGCUUAUGAGUUUGCAGAACGUUGCAAUGAACCAGCUGUUUGGAGUCAAUUAGCUAAGGCACAAUUGAAUCAAGGUUUGGUUAAGGAAGCUAUCGAUUCGUAUAUUAAAGCUGAUGAUCCAUCUGCGUACAUGGCUGUUGUUGAAACCGCUUCAAAGAAUAAUUCAUGGGAGGAUUUGGUUCGCUAUUUGCAAAUGGCGCGUAAAAAAUCAAGAGAGAGUUAUAUCGAAUCAGAAUUGAUUUAUUCGUAUGCUAAAACCGGACGACUUGCUGAUUUAGAAGAGUUUAUAAGUGGUCCAAAUCAUGCCGAUAUACAGAAAAUCGGUGAUCGUUGUUUUGAUGAUAAAAUGUACGAUGCUGCAAAAUUGCUGUAUAAUAAUGUCUCGAAUUUCGCAAGAUUGGCCAUCACUCUGGUGCAUCUUAAGGAGUUUCAGGGGGCCGUUGAUAGUGCACGCAAGGCCAACAGCACGCGCACUUGGAAGGAGGUCUGUUUUGCAUGUGUGGACGCCGAAGAGUUCCGUUUGGCCCAAAUGUGUGGAAUGCACAUUGUAGUCCAUGCUGAUGAGCUUCAAGAUCUCAUCAACUACUACCAAGAUCGUGGCUAUUUCGAAGAACUUAUUGGUUUGCUAGAAGCCGCUUUAGGUCUUGAACGUGCCCAUAUGGGUAUGUUCACCGAAUUGGCAAUUCUCUAUUCGAAAUACAAACCGGCAAAAAUGCGCGAACACUUGGAAUUGUUCUGGUCACGUGUUAACAUCCCUAAAGUGUUACGAGCUGCAGAACAGGCACAUCUAUGGGCCGAAUUAGUUUUUCUCUAUGAUAAAUACGAAGAGUAUGAUAAUGCCGUUUUGGCUAUGAUGGCACAUCCGACUGAGGCAUGGCGUGAAGGACAUUUCAAAGAUAUCAUAACUAAAGUGGCCAACAUUGAAUUGUAUUACAAAGCGAUACAGUUUUAUUUGGAUUAUAAACCGUUGUUGUUGAACGAUUUGUUAUUGGUGUUGGCACCAAGAAUGGAUCAUACAAGAGCUGUGGCGUUUUUCACAAAGACGGGACAUUUGCAACUUGUCAAGUCGUAUUUGAGGUCGGUGCAGAAUUUGAAUAAUAAAGCCAUCAACGAAGCUCUCAAUUCGUUGCUGAUUGAAGAAGAGGAUUUCCAGGGUUUGAGAACGUCAAUCGACGCUUUCGACAACUUCGACAAUAUCGGCCUGGCCCAAAAAUUGGAAAAACACGAAUUGACCGAAUUCAGACGUAUCGCUGCUUAUUUAUACAAAGGCAACAACAGAUGGAAACAGAGUGUUGAAUUAUGUAAGAAAGAUCGACUCUUCAGAGACGCAAUGGAAUACACAGCUGAAUCGAAAAAUCAAGAAUUGGCCGAAGAACUACUGGCGUGGUUUUUGGAACGAAAGGCCUACGAUUGUUUUGCAGCAUGUCUCUACCAAUGCUACGAUUUGUUAAGGCCUGACGUAAUAUUAGAGCUAGCUUGGAGACACAAAAUAAUGGAUUUGGCGAUGCCUUAUUUGAUUCAAGUGACGCGAGAAUUGACCACAAAAGUGGAGAAAUUAGAACAGUCGGAUGCACAAAGACAGAGUGAAGCUGCUGAAGAAACACACAAGCCGAUGAUGAUCAACGAGCCACAGUUAAUGCUAACGGCAGGGCCCGCCAUGGGCAUUCCGCCUCAGGCGUACGUCCCGCCCCAAGCCUACGCCCAGCCGGGCUACGCCCCCCAGAUGCCGUACGGUGCUUACCCGGGCAUGUAAUAUAAGGAGAAUUUUAGCCAGCGUUAUGAUAAUUACAAGUUUAGAAGAGGAAAUGGUUCAAAUGACGCUACUAUUAAUAAAAAUCUUUUUUUAUUUUAAUCGCAAAGUUUACUAAAUUAAAAAUUAAUGUUAUGUAAUAUACAAAGAGAACAGUUCCAUUGGUUCAAACAACAGCCGUUAACUUUACGAAUUAGAGAAUUUUUUUCGGUUAAUAGUCACUGUAAAAUUGUACAGUGUAGCUGAAUUUGUUGAAAAACCUAACAUAACGAAACUGUUAAUUGUGUGAAAUUCGCUAGAUUCGCUUUAUUAAUUAGCUAGUUCGUACAAGUUGAUUUUGUUGGGUCAUUAUCGUACUACUUUUUUUUAUUUAACUUCCAUUGUAAAUGUUAGUGUUUUAUGAGUAAUUUUUGUUAUGUCUAUGAGGUGGGUGCUUUUUGUUACAAUGUACAUAAUUGUAAUAUGUACCGGGCAAAAGUACAGUGUAUAUAACCUUUCGGAAACUUGCUAUUUAGUCUAUCAACCACACACCCACCCACACGUAUUCUUACUAUGAUUUAUCAAUCAAUGUUUAUCAUUCCCAUUUAUAGUGUUAUUUAAAAUCAAAUAUAUGUAUUAAGUAUCAAA